CCGCCCGGAGUGUGAGCGGCUGCGGCAGCGACAGCGGCAGCAUGCGUCGGACCGCCGCAUCCUCCGCGCCUGAGUCGAGCUCCGACUUCUACGACAGGCUGCGCCAGCUCCAGGAGGGGCUGCGGGACAGUGAAAAGAAGAGAUUGGACCUGGAAGAGAAACUUUAUGAGUAUAAUCGGUCUGAUAUAUGCAGAGUUAAGCUGAAAUAUGGAAAACUAAAGAAAUAUCUGAAGGAAAUUUGUGAAUCCGAGAAGGCGGCUCACGCUCGAAACCGAGAAUAUUUAAAGCAGCUUGAGCGUGUCCAAGCCCAUGUCCGACACUUCACCACAAACACAGAGAAACUUCAAAGACUGAAGAUUGAAUAUGAGACUCAAAUUAAGAGGAUGCAGCUAUUCCCAAAAGAUAACCUGGGACUAAAAGGUGCACUGAAAGAUGAAGACCGAGAAAAGGUUGCAGUGCAGGCAGGAAUUAACUCAGAAACAGCCAUAUCAAGAGGAUUGUAUCAACCGGCAACAAUCUUUAUGGGCCGCCAAAUGUCAGCUGUCUCAAGCAUUGGAGAUUUCCAUACAGAGCAGAAAUCUCCCCAACCCACAAAGAACUUUUCAAUUUCUGACCCACAUUCACACCGACAGACAGCCCAGAGCAGUAAUGUGACAGACAGCGGUGUAGUACAGACUAGCAGUGACACACAGUGCUUAAAUAAGUCUGACAAAAUAGAUGGAAAGGCAUCUCUUCAGAUUGGUGAGAAGACGCCAGUCACAGCCAGUGUAUUGUCUGAGGAGGAACAAACUCAUUGCCUGGAGAUAGGCAGCAACACACGUCACAGCAAGAGCAAUUUAUCUGAAGGCAAAAAUUCCGCCAAACUCCCUUUCCCGCUGCAGGAAAGAUUAAGCCCAGAGAACAGAACCACCGACUUAAAGUGUGACAGUUGCAGCAGAUCAGAGGGAUCAGAGGGAGAAAUACUGACACGGGAACAUAUUGAAGUCGAAGAAGAAAGAGCCGACCCGCCAGUCUCUCUGAUAUCAGUUUCAGAAUACUGUGCCUCUGGAAAUAAGUGGUCUCAAGAGAAGCAUUCUGCUUGGGAAGGUUUCUCAGAUCAGCUUGCUCAUGGGAACCCAAAGUCACAAAAACCCUUCACAAACAUGCAGGAAGAGGAGGAGGAAAGUUCGAGCAGCAGUAGUGACCUCACAGUUUCUGUAAGUGAUGAUGAUCUGAUUUUAGAGAGCCCAGAACUACAGCCAAAUCCAAGCAACAAGAUGGAGAGAGAAGGUGGCAUGGAGGCCUUAACAUUAAUCCAUGCUGAGCAAGAGAGAGACACCCCAUCAGCUGGAAAAAGUAAUUGUGCUUUGCAGACCCUGAGCCCUCCUGAUGCAAAAGAGGAAUCCUCUGCUAGCUCAUCAGCAGGAGAAUCUGAGCCAGCACCGGAUACAGACUUAUUGAGGGAAAAAUCAGGUCAUCGUGCUGCCACCUCGAGAGAACCUAAUAACUUGCUCAAAGAAGAGGUAACAUCAUUAUUGAAAACAACCCUUGCAGAGAAGCCUGAGGAUGUGUCAGCUGUUCACGGUGCUGAAUCGUCCCUCAGCUUGCCGCCUAUUCUGCAUGAGGAGAGCGGGAUAAAGAAAGCCAUGCUCGGGCCACGGCUGGACCGCGUUCCUCCAGGGGAACAAGGCAUUCCAUUUUUAGAAGUUUUGAGCAGCAGUGAAGACAAGAGCAAGGAAGAAAACGUGGCUGCAGAGGUUCCAAUCACAGAAACAAAAGCCUACCAGUUGCUGAAGAAGUCUACCCUUCAGGAUAAUACAGAUCAAACUGAAGACAGAUUUCACAAGAUCGAGGCGUCUGUGUCACUGUUGUCAGGUUUGAAUCUUGGCAGCAGUACAUUCAAGACAAAGACAACUAACAGAAUCGCCUCGGGAGGGAGUUCUUCAUCUAGUGAAGGAAGUCCUUUGUCAAGGCAUGAAAAUAAAAAGAAGCUAACAACCAAUGUCAAGCCUAAAGUCUUCUGGGACGAGUCUGACGAUAGUAACUCAGAAAUUGAAGCUGCUUUACGUCCAAGAAGCCACAACACAUCCACCAGUGAUUUUGAUGAUUUCUAUGAUUAAUAAGCUGUAACAUGUUGGAAAUUAUCUGUAAAUCAGCUGAAACCCUGCAUUUAUUCGUGAUAGCCAAAAUAAACAUGUCCUUUUAAGUUU